AUGGAUGUGGACGAAGAGGAACCUGAGCAAGUCGGGCCUGUGAGAGAAUCAAACAACAGUAUAGCACCGGGCACCGCCAGUGAGGUGGCGCUCACUGAGACGGCUGCGUUGCCGAGGGCACCCGAAGGGCACGCCCCGCAGGCUGAACGGGCCGGGAACACGCCACGAAUGCCGCCGCAUUACGCUAGGCUAAAUGCCAAGCUACAGUUCCUGCACUGUGUCAUGCGUCAGAUCGAUGGACCAUGGUGUCAUUGGGUACCGGACGUCUACAAGGCAGUAGUGACGAAGUAUCAGAGGAUGCCACGAGGAGGAUGGAAGGUCCUCGCGGAAUAUGCCAACGAGCAUUUCGAAUUCCACAAGACCCACAAGGAGGUGGAGCAGAUGGCAAGACAGGUAGUCGCCAAAGCAGCGCGGAGCCAACCGACGGACGUUGGAGAAAUAGCAUCGCUGCACGACGUCGACUCAUACAACGCCCUGCAGGAGGAAUUCGACCGGAUCAUGGCACAGAGGUUGAGGGAGCCUGGUGUUAUUAGAACAGUAAAGAACAAAAGAAACACCAUGGACUCCCUCGACUUCACGGCGAUAAGGUCGCUGGAUCUAGUGGUCCACAACUACGUGAAGCACAACCCAGUCACUGACAUGGGGAUGCUAGCCAUCUUGUAUCAAACGGCACAGGACUGCUACGACAAGUACAGCGCGAAACCAUCGUCGUCCUCGGGAAAGAAGGAGGCAGCUGAGAGGAGGAUCAAGGAGCUGGAGGAGAUAGGAGCAUUACUUCUGAAAUACAAGCAGAAGGUCCCCCUGGAGAAGGAGGAUAGGAAACGCGUUUAUCGCCAAAUGGACAAGUACAACAUGAUCGCGGACAAGCCGCAGGAACUGUCAUACGUGAUCAGCAGGACCCAAGAGGAGCUCCAAAAGGAGCAGGACAAACUCAAGAACGCCAAGUUCAAGCAGGAGUUGUACAACCAUAACCGCAUGUUCGAGCUUUACACGGGACACUUCUACAGGACACUGGAGAAUCAGCAGGACGCGGACGAGUCGGCUAUAAACGAGGGGAUGAUGAUAGAGUACUGGGCGCAAAUGUGGGUGAAGCCAAACGCACCGCACAACGGUGAAGGAUACCUGGUCGAAAGACCACCGGCAGAGAACAUGGCAGGCUUUCCCACAUACGAGGAAUUCGUCACGAUCGUCAAGAAAUUGCGAGACUGGAAGUCGCCCGGUGCGGAUGGGAUCUACAACUACUACAUUAAAUGGCUCACGUCCCUUCACAGAGUCAUUUAUAGGCUAGUAGAGGAGGCAUGCACGCAAGGCAAAGUGCAGGACGACUGGUUCUACUGUGGGAUCACGUACCUACUACCGAAGAACAAGAAACCAAAGUCCGCCGCACAGUACAGGCCGAUCACUUGCAUGUCCAACCUAUACAAGCUAACUACCCGUUGUGCCACGGAGACGCUUAAGCGAGAAGUCGAUGGCAGGGGACUACGGUCCGAGAACCAGAUGGGCACGAGGAGCAACGUACAGGGUGCAAAGGAGCACGCGUUAGCGAACAUCGCGCUCAACGAGAAGCACAAGGGGAAGUUACUUGCAACGUGGGUCGACGUCAUGAAGGCGUACGACUCAAUCGACCACGCGUACCUGGCGAGGGUUAUCGACAACCUUAACCUACCAGGGUGGUUAUCAAACUUCAUCAAGCAGACGACCAAGAGGUGGAAUAUAGAGAUACGGUGGAACAAGAACACAAUCAUGCACAAGAAAGUAGAGAGGGGCAUUCUCCAAGGCGACAGCCUAUCGCCCCUUCUCUUCGUGCUGUGCUUGGACCCGCUGAGCAGGCACCUGACUCGCAUCUUCCCCAAGGUGGAGCUAAGCGUGCCUGGCGGCAGGAUCUUCGCCACAAACCACUUUCUCUAUAUUGACGACCUCAAGUUCUUCGCCCACGAGGAAAGUACGAUGAGAGGAAUGGGCCGAGAAGUGGAGAAGUUCUUCAACGACAUAGGACUCAGGAUCAACCGCGACAAGUCGGCAACCAACACGGAGGCGUGCGUGAGCAUCGCCAAGCAGAUGGAAGGUCCGGAGACGUACAAGUACUUGGGAGUCACAGAGACUUCAAACUCACUUACAAGCGACGGAAUGUUCGACAUAAUACUACAGGAGAUAUGCAGGAGAACGGAGCUACUGGCUGCGUCAAAGCUGUCGGGGAAAAACCUCUCGAUGGCCAUCAACCAGUACGCCCUCAGCGUCAUCAACUACUACAUCGGCGUGAUCCCCAUGGACAUCACGCAUUUCGACAAGAUCGACCUGGCAGUACGGAGAAUAAUUAACGCGAAGCACGGACACAAGAAGUGGGCGAACACACAGAGGCUCUACCUCCCCCGGAAAGAGAUGGGGAGAGGGCUCCACAGCAUGGUAUUCAGAGCGGAAGCCAUGCUGCUACGACUGUGGUUGACGUUUUCAGCAGACGAGGUGACGUCAACCAGGAGGGCUGCGAUCAUGCAGCAUUUUCGCGACACAUACGCGCACAUAUCUCAUAUCAAGAUGCACCUGGAAGGGAGAUAUGGAAUGGAAUUCGGAGUGGAGGACACGACGGACAAGAGCCUCAGGGACCUCAGGGUGGCCCAAAACAAAUGGCUGUACAACAGAAUGCACGUAAAAUCAACUCAUAAGGUUCUGUAUGCCAAGCGUGAGGACCCCAAGCUGGACAUCGAGGCGUCGUCAUUGUACCUGACGUGUGGAAUACUCACCCCGGAAGAAGAAGCGAAGGUAGCAGAAGUCCAGGACAGGAAUCUGCAAUGGAUGACUUCGUCCAAGAAAUGCUCAAGAUGCAACAACGGCAAGAACGUGGACCACCUCGCGACGAAGUGCCCGAAACUACUACACCUAGAAUAUACGAAGAGGCACAACGAGGUAGCAAAACGGGUCCACUCAGUACUCGGGAGGCAAAUAGGACUACCCAAGGAGAAGAUAGACGCCCACAAGAUCGAGAGUGAAGUGCAUGGAAAAUACGGAUGGAUCGCGUACGACAAGACGGUCAAGACUCAGAAGACUAAGGAAUACAACAGGCCAGACAUCAUCCUGGCGGAUCGGCGGAGGAACACCAUAUCCAUCGUAGAGGUAGGAAUCAGCAAUCACGACAACCUAGUGGAUAUGGAGAAGUUCAAGAAGCAGAAGUAUGAAGACCUUAUCGAAGACUUCAAAGCGCGACAGUUUAACCAGCAAACCAAGAUCAGGGUUAUCCCCUACGUUAUGACGUGGGAGGGAAUAGUGACAAAGGAGCACAGCAAGUACAGACGGGACCUGGGCAUAUCGGAUCGCAUGGAAGCCCACAUACAAAGGGUAGUGAUCCAAGAAACACAUAAAAUAGUGAUGAGGGACAUGAGACCGAGAGAAGACUACGAUUCCGUAGAAGACCCUCAGGUCCAAACUGGAUGGAUGCCCGCAUGGAUGGCACCAGUGACGAUCGGCAAUGGACAGACUCGGAACCCGCAGCCGGUGCCAGCUAAACCGAACGUUUUGAAAACGGGUGUGCCGCAGCAGUGGACUCUUAAAUUACAGACAUUCAACCAGCUUGAAAGUAAGCUGAUACGGCUCAAAGAAAUUUUGGAUGGUAAUCAAUGUGGCGCCGAGACCGUGCUUACCAAUGCCAGGGCGGUAGAGCCAACUGCCACCAAAACCGAAGUCACUAAAACUGACAGUGGAGAUUCGAGUACGAAAUCUGACGGAACUCCAAACCAGGGCAAGAAAGUGGAGGGAGCACAGAACCAGGGCAAGAAGGCGGAGGGAGCGCAGAACCAAGGCAAGAAAGCGGAGGGAGGGCAAAAUCAAAAUAACGGUCAUAGUGAAGAAAAGCCUGGGAGUUCACUAGUUGCGCAGACACCACAAACUCAUACUUCAAGUGUUCAAAAUCCAGACCCUGGAUCAUCUGGUGCCCCUAGUACCGGUGGUGGUCAGGGCCCGGGUGGUCAGGGUAAGGGAUCACAGGAUACAGAUGUUUCAAGUAAACAGCCUGCUGCCCCUUCACAGCCUGUACAACCUUCAAAACCAGGUGGUACAUCUCCAGGCCCUGGGUCACCUGGUGUUACUAGUACCGGUGGUGGUAAGGGCCCAGUUGGGUCGGCGGGUUCAUCUGGGUCUGGUCAACCAGGUGGUAAUGGGCAGGGUUCAACGGGCGGUGGUAAUCCGGUUCGGGAGCCUGUUGCUACUCAAGCCCCUGCAAAACUGCAGACACCAACUGCUCAAUCUCCAGGCGCUUCGUCACCUGGUGUCUCUGGUUCCAGCAGUGGCACGGUCAAGAGUGACCAGGCGACCACUCCUGGCACCACUCAACAAAGUAAUCAAAAUACAUCGCAUACUUCUACAGCCGCUACUACUACGGUAUUCUCUGGUUCGUCGUCUGGUGCGGGUGGCGGUGGAGCUGGAGGGGGUGGCGGGGAUGCCAAAGCGGACGCGGAAGCCGAAUGCAGCAAAGAGUUAAAAACUGGAUGUAAGGCUCUCAUAGAAAAGAUUACGAAAACAUAUGAACAGAAAAAAGAAAAAAAAUGA